AUGAAAAUACUGAGUUGGAACCUCCAAGGUGUGGGGAAUCCUUGGACGGUACGUGCGCUUAAGUUCCUUGUUCAAAAUAAUUCCCCUGAUAUUUUUUUCUUGAUGGAAACUAAACUUAACCGAGGUGAGUUUGGUACCAUUUGUAGAAGUUUUGUUGCUUUUAAUUCUGUUAUUUCUGAUGCUAAUGGAAGGCGAGGUGGUUUAGCGCUUUUCUGGAAUAAGAAUCUGGAUGUUACGAUUAAUGAUGUUUCGGAAAAUCAUAUUGCGUUCACAGCUAUGAAUAAUAGCCUGGAUACGCAAUGGAAGGGGGUAGGGGUGUAUGGGUGGCCGGAAGGAGGCAAUAAGCAUCUUACUUGUGAUCUUUUGAAAAGGGUCUGUGCGGAUAGAAGCUGUCCUUUGGUGGUAUUCGGUGACUUUAAUCUGUUUUUGUAUAACUAUGAAAAGAGAGGAGGUCGUAUUAGGAAUCAAAGGGAGCUUGAUGAUUUUCAGGCUACUAUUGAUGAUUAUGGGGUUGCGGAUUUAGGCUAUGAUGGCCAUGAUUUUACUUGGACAAAUAGGCGAGCGGGAGAGCAUCUUAUUCAAGCGCGGUUGGAUCGGUUUUUUGCCAAUGCUAAAUGGCAGGAGACAUUUGUAGAUUGGACUGUCUACCAUCUUGUGAGAUAUCAUUCGGACCACUGCCCCAUUUUGUUAAGUACGAAGGAAGAGAGGCAACAAUUUUCGACAAGACCAUUUAGGUUUGAACCUAUGUGGAUGCGUCAUGAAAGCUUUGAGAAUUGCGUAGUAGAGGCGUGGGGAAGUGAAGGUAGCAGAGGGCACAUUAUGGACAGAGUUCGCGGGUGUGGGUGUAGCAUGAAGGAGUGGGCUUUUUACAACAUUGGCAGUGUUUGA